UCUAGAUAGAGUCUCUCCAGUAUCGUUGUGGAAAUGGGCUCGAAAAGGUUGACCUCGUUAGUGGUGUGCCUCUUAGUAGGCUCUAUCAGUGCUACACGUGUUCGUUAUGACAAUUACAACGUCUACAAAGUCCUUCCGAAGGAAGCUGCUCAUCUUCAACUCCUUUCACGGCUUGAAGCCCACAGUGAUUCCUUGAAAUUUCUGACCCCCAUCAUUGCAGUCGGUAGGACGGUGAAUAUCCUAGUAGCUCCGCACAAACAACCCGAGUUCCUGGAUAUCCUCAAGGAUAACAACAUAUCCUACGAACUUGCUGUAAAGAAUUUCCAGAAAGUGCUAGAUGCUGAGGAAGCUGAACGACGAAGAAGCAAGUCUAGUGUGUAUGACUGGACCGGGUAUCAUACCUUAGAAGAGACCUACGCCUGGUUGCAAUCUCUCGAGGAACAGUUUCCCCAAUAUGUGAAGGUUGUGAACGCUGGAAAAUCCUAUGAAGGUCGAGAUCUCCUCGGAGUCAAAGUCUCUUUCAAAGCUGGCAAUAAAGCUGUUUUUAUCGAGGGUGGUAUUCAUGCUCGUGAAUGGAUUUCCCCAGCAACGGUCACUUAUCUACUGAACCAGAUUUUAACUAGUAAAGAUAUCGCAGUUCGAGAUAUGGCAGAAAAACACGAUUGGUAUGUUUUCCCGCAUGUUAACCCUGAUGGAUUCGUGUAUACCCAUACAACCGAUCGUCUAUGGCGAAAAACCCGGUCAAAAGGAGUUUCCUGCUACGGAGCUGAUGCCAAUCGAAACUGGGAUUAUAAGUGGAUGUCAGUCGGCGCCAGUAAUCAAGAAUGUGCUGAAACUUAUGCUGGAAAAUCUGCAUUUUCUGAAAUUGAAAUGAAAAACAUGGCAGAAUACAUAGAAAAGGAAAAGGAUAAUAUUCGUCUGUUUAUAUCAUUCCAUUCCUUUGGACAACUGAUGCUGUUCCCAUACAGCUGGACCAAUGAUCCAGCUCCGAAUAAUGAUGAUCAUCAACGGAUCGGUGACGCAGCAGCUGCAGCUCUGGUCAAACGCUAUGGCACCGUCUAUACCGUGGGUAACAGUUACAUAACGAUCUACCCGACAUCAGGAUCAAGCGAUGACUGGGUCUAUGGUGUCUUGAAUAUUCCUCUGUCCUAUACGAUUGAAUUGCGUCCAGAGGAUUCGAUUAAUGGAUUUGUUCUACCUUCCGCCCAGAUUAUACCAGUUGGAAUUGAAACAUUGGAUGGGCUGGUCGCUAUGGUCAAUGAAGCUGACUCUUUGGGGUAUUUUGAAUAGAAAUACUGUGUGUAUCUAAAGAAGUAAAGGCCCUAAUAAAUGUGCUUUAAUCAGUACCAAUCUGUA